UCAGCGCCACAUUUCGAGCGUAGACUAGCAGCCAUGACCGACCAGAGCGCCGCCGGCCCGACCACCAACUUCAACUACCUCAAGACGGGCGCCGGCAAGACCGAGCGCAAGGCGCUGUGCAUCUGCUGCUCGUACCCCGGCACCCAACUGGCGCUGCCGGGCUGUGUGAGAGACCAAGCUGCGAUGGUGGACAUGCUGCCCAAGCAAGGCUACGACGUCACCUUCCUCACCGACGGCGACAACUACCACGAAAAGCCGACCAAGGCCAACAUCGUCCGCGAGAUGAAGAAGCUGUGCGCGUGGCUGAGCGAGAAGGAGGGGCGGCAGGGGUGGAUCUCGUACUCGGGGCACGGGGCGCAAGUGCCGGACGACGAGAUCCAGAACUCGCCGUGCCGUAUCAAGUAGACCACCUUGCGGCGCGGGCCCCGCAGCAUGCUCGGCGCGACGCGAGCGAGGGUGCAGGCGGGCGGGUGUCCCGGGGGCUGCAAGGCGCGGCGCAACGACGACAGGGAGAGCGAGCGGCGCGGCAGCUCGAGCAGGGCCUCCACGGAGCCGCCGCCGACCGGCAGAUCUGCGACUGGGAGGACAGCGCGGCCGAUAAAGUCGGGCCGCGAGCCGCUCAGCUUGGUGACGUCGUAUGCGGCGCUCUCGUCGUGGUCAUAAAAGUCCACCACCACCACCGCGCCCUCCUCCGCACACCCGAGCAGGCGGCUCGAGUUCCAAACGGGAUUCGUGGCGUCGGCCUUGACUGGCCAGGUAACGCGU